AUGGCGGCCGUGGGAGCUUCGGGCAGCUCGACGGCGGCGGGAGGAGGUGGCGGCGGCGGCGGCGCGGGGUCGGCCUCGUCGUCCGCCUCCUCGGCGGCGGCGGCACCUCCGUCGCAGCCGCCGCCCAGCACGGGCGGCGGCGGCGGCGGCUCCUCGGGCUCGUCGUCGUCCUCCUCGGCGGCGUCCGGCGGCGGCGGCGGCGGCGGCUCGUCGUCAGGGGCGUCGGAGUCGUGGUACGUGGCGCUGCUGGGCCUGGCCGAGCACUUCCGCACGUCCAGCCCGCCCAAGGUGCGCCUCUGCGUCCACUGCCUCCAGGCCGUGCUGCCCCGCAAGCCCCCCGCCCGCGUCGAGGCCCGCACCCACCUCCAGCUCGGCUCCGUCCUCUACCACCACACGCGCAACGGAGAGCAGGCCCGGGGGCACCUCGAGAAGGCGUGGUUGAUAUCCCAGCAAAUUCCUCAGUUUGAGGAUGUCAAGUUUGAAGCAGCCAGCCUCCUCUCUGAGUUAUACUGUCAAGAGAACUCGGUAGAUGCGGCGAAGCCGUUGCUGCGUAAGGCCAUCCAGAUUUCCCAGCAGACUCCGUACUGGCACUGCCGCCUCCUCUUCCAGCUCGCACAACUCCACACGCUUGAAAAAGACUUGGUGUCGGCCUGCGAUCUCCUGGGAGUUGGAGCAGAAUAUGCCCGCGUGGUAGGGUCGGAAUACACAAGAGCAUUGUUUCUACUCAGUAAAGGCAUGCUUCUUCUGAUGGAGAGGAAGCUGCAGGAGGUGCACCCACUCCUGACUCUCUGUGGGCAGAUCGUGGAGAACUGGCAGGGAAAUCCCAUUCAGAAGGAGUCGCUGCGGGUAUUCUUCUUGGUGCUCCAGGUGACACACUAUCUGGAUGCCGGUCAGGUGAAGAGCGUCAAGCCGUGUCUGAAGCAGCUCCAGCAGUGCAUCCAGACCAUCUCCACCCUCCACGACGAUGAGAUCCUGCCCAGCAACCCUGCAGAUCUCUUCCACUGGCUGCCCAAGGAGCACAUGUGUGUGUUGGUCUACUUGGUGACGGUGAUGCACUCCAUGCAAGCGGGCUACUUGGAGAAGGCUCAGAAGUACACUGACAAAGCGCUCAUGCAGUUGGAGAAACUCAAAAUGCUGGACUGCAGCCCGAUCUUAUCAUCCUUCCAAGUUAUUUUACUAGAGCAUAUCAUCAUGUGCCGGCUCGUCACGGGGCAUAAAGCUACUGCGUUGCAGGAGAUCUCUCAGGUUUGCCAGCUCUGCCAGCAGUCUCCCCGGCUCUUUUCUAAUCAUGCAGCUCAGCUCCACACUCUUCUGGGGCUGUACUGCAUUUCUGUCAACUGCAUGGACAACGCAGAAGCGCAGUUUACCACGGCACUGCGGCUCACCACCCAUCAGGAGUUGUGGGCGUUCAUCGUGACCAACCUGGCCAGCGUCUACAUCAGGGAGGGCAACCGGCAUCAAGAGCUUUACAGUUUGUUGGAAAGGAUAAAUCCAGACCACAACUUCCCCGUCAGCUCCCACUGCCUGCGUGCUGCUGCCUUCUACAUCCGAGGACUGUUCUCCUUUUUCCAGGGGAGGUACAAUGAAGCCAAACGUUUUUUGCGGGAGACGUUGAAAAUGUCAAAUGCAGAAGACCUGAACCGCUUAACGGCCUGCUCCCUUGUUCUCCUGGGCCACAUCUUUUACGUACUGGGGAAUCACAGGGAAAGUAACAACAUGGUGGUCCCGGCCAUGCAGCUGGCCAGCAAAAUUCCAGACAUGUCUGUGCAGUUGUGGUCUUCUGCGCUCUUGAGAGAUCUGAACAAAGCAUGUGGGAACGCGAUUGACGCCCAUGAAGCAGCACAGAUGCACCAGAACUUCUCUCAGCAGCUGCUGCAGGACCACAUUGAGGCUUGUAGCCUUCCAGAGCACAACCUCAUCACGUGGACAGACGGACCGCCUCCAGUACAGUUUCAGGCACAAAAUGGACCUACGACCAGCCUGGCCAGUCUGUUGUGAAAGAGCGACGUGUCUGAAAAGGAGACAGCU